CGUCAUCGACCAUCGACCACCUAGGACCCUGGACCCUGGACACUGGACAUGAUCAAGAUCAACGUGGCACUGCUGUUUCUGGCGGUUGUUGCUGCAAAACAGAGCAAUCUCAACCCUUCCUCCUCUAAUGCUGUCAGGAAUGACCAAGAGGUUUCUAACGACCAAGUGACGUCCAUCCUCGUGCAUCCGGGACCCAAUGGACCUCGUCACGUGAUCCUCUCUAACGAACACCAGGUGAUUUCUUCUGUAGAUGGGAUCUCAGGUCGAGCGGUAAACGCAGAUUACAACUACCCUCAGACCAUCGCUCCGUCUCUGUCUCAGUACACCUACGGUCCACCCAGACCUGUGGGAUUCCAUCGCAGCAGACCUGCACAGCAGCCUCAACAGCUGUACCACCACAGCUUCCGCCAACCCGGCAAAACCUCUCAUGCCAAGGAGCCACAAGAAGAAGCUGUAUACAAAUACACCACGUAUAUAAAACACGAUAAGGCCAAAGGCGCUGAAAAAGAUUACGAAAAGAGCUACUACACUUCACAAUCAGCGAAACCUGACUAUUCAGUGACAGCUGAGAAAGAAUCUCAUGAAACACAGCAUGAAGGGCUCUCAAAGUACAGGAACCGAGAUGAAAAAGAGGAAAUACAGUUUAGGGAAAGUAUUGGAGAUUUGUAUAACCCUAACGGUUUUGAAAAGAGUAGUGAUUAUUCAAACAAAGUAAGCCCACAAUCUUAUUCAAAGUAUCUUGUAAAAAAUCACUAUAUCCCCAAUAAUCAUUUUGCCCCCGUGAAGAGCUAUCAAAGUCCUUAUUCCAACGCGGACACCAACUCCUACACUGCACCUAGUGGUUUUGACGAUUCCAAUGGUGGUAAAGUUGUCCCUAUAUUGGCGAGGUUUUAUAAACAACCACUCCCCAUCAUUCAAACUCAGCUUCCAGCAGAUAACGUUGGACUUUUCGUGCAUUACUUCCCAUCGCAGAGGUCUGAGUACGAAAGAGAAGAAUUGUCGAACAACUUUUUCGACUAUUCCCAUGGUAAAUUGUCCCUGAAACGUGAUUCGUCCAAUUCUGAGUGGACACCCAUCAACGCUCCAGACGGGGCGGUUCCCGCCAAAUCUUACGACAUUCCCGCGCCAGACCUCAGCCGCGAGAAGCCUGUGCAGCAGAAGAUUUACAGAAGAGGCUCAGACGAUGCUAGUGUUGUCGUGGGAAAAAGUAAACAGGAGAUUUUUUCGAGUCACAAAAUACAAGGCAACUCUGAGGGAGUUGUGUCUGCUGUUGUCAGAGUUAAGCAAUAAUUGAAAGGAAAGGAAUUGAUUGAAGGAGGAUUGUUGAAUUGAGGAAGGAAGGAUAUAUGUUACCUAAAAGUUAUACUAUAUUACCUUUACUAUCCUUACAUAAUGUAUCACACCCACCCCAAUGGUAAAUUGAUUGGAUAAUAUUUUAAUGAAAAGGUAAUCAAUCAUAAUUUAUUUAUUUCAUCCUCGUUCACACUAUAUUUCAUAUACUCUGCUUAUUUAUUUAUUUAUAUUACUUUAGCUGUAAGAAAUAUGAAACUUUAUCAUUGAGUUCCUUCUUACUAAAAUAAGGCUUUUGUACUUCAUUUACAGUUUUGAUAACAGUAAAUAAAUUAAAAUUAAAGCUAAAUUAAAAUUUAAGUUAGGCUAAAUUGAGUAAUUAGCAGGUUUUUCAUUGUUAAUAUUUUCUCAAAUUCCAUGUAUUGGCUUUACUGACUAUAAUUUCCUUUCAGAAAUUGCUGUAAUACAUUCUACUGAUAAGGUAUUUUUGUGGCGAAUAUUAAUUUAGUGAUUUUAAAUUGUGAUCUUAUACGUAUCAAAAAUGUUGGUAGUACACUACAAUAAAACUUUAGU